AUGGGUGCUGGGGAAUCAGUUGAUGAUGUUGCUGCAAUAGACAACAGUCAAUGGUAUCAGAAGUUUAUGAACUACUGCCCCUCUGGGCAACUUUCUCUCUAUGAGUUUAAGACAAUACUGGGCUUACGUGAUAUGAACCCUCAGGCAAACAAGUAUGUUGAGCAGGUGUUUCACACCUUUGACAUGAAUCAGGAUGGAUUUAUAGACUUCUUGGAGUUCAUAGCUGCAAUAAAUUUGGUUAUACGAGGAAAAAUUGACCAAAAAUUGAAAUGGUAUUUUAAGCUAUACGAUGCUGACGGAAAUGGAUGUAUUGACAAAAAAGAACUACUAAGCAUAUUCACGGCUAUCCAGGCUAUUAAUGGCCACACCAACAUGUCUGCUGAAGAGUUCACAAACAUGAUAUUUCAGAAGAUAGAUGUGAACAAUGAUGGGGAGCUGACUUUAGAAGAAUUUAUCAAUGGCGUGGAAAGAGAUGAAGACCUAAUGGAAUUGAUUACAAAAAGUUUUGACCUUUCCAACGUACUCAAAGUCAUACAGAGUGGCAGGAGACACAGCAUCUGAAGGAAACAGUGACGGAUGUGGCAUCUGUGGCAUCAUUUCAAGGAAGAUAAUAUUUUAUAUAUUCAGGGAGCCUGAUGUCAUCAAAGCCUGCCCAAACAAUACUGAGCAGCCUGCUCCAGGAGUAACAAUUUUCACUCGACUCCGCAUCUCUCCUUUUCUUUAUUCUUUCCCUUGCUAAUGACUGUGGCAGCCACAGAAUACAAACCUUUGCUCACAUGUAACAGAAAACUAUUUGAUGCAAUACAAAUAACUUAUUUGGAGUCUAAGUAAGGAACUGAAAAUAUUGCAAAAUGCAGCCUUGCUAGAAGACAAGGAGUUAAUAAACUUCUUCAAGUACGGGCUAUUUAACCUGCUAUUCAAAGUGUGGACAUAAACUUCUAGGUAGGACUGGGUUCUAUAUGGAUCAAUUAAGAAUGAAGCCUGGUUUGCAUUAAUUUAACAUUUGCUCUUAUCAGUACUUAAAAUUGGAGUAAGUUCUCUGGAAAGCACUUCAUCUUAAUAUUCCCAAGAUGUGCAUCCUCCUUAACCAACUGUCUACCACUCCUGAUUUUAUUACAUCUGUAAAUUAAAAUAAUGUGAUGUUUUGAUGGUUUUGGCAGGGUUCAGCUAAUGUUCUUUCAAAUUAACCUUUUAUAGAAGCACUGGAAUGAAAUUCUGUUAUCUUUGUAGAGUAAAAUUAGAAGUUCAAAGAAUAGCUAAAACCAAAUAAUUUUGUAAGCAAUCUGUUUUCCCAGAGAUUUGUGUCCUUUGAAUUGUAUGUUCUCCUUUUCAUUGGGCUCUUUGCCACAGCUGCAUGAGACAAAAGGUAAGAGGUAUCGUGACUAAUUCCUGCUGAUGGAACUGCUGGCUUCUGCCAAACAGACUGUUUAACAGCUGAAUUUUUCCUGCCUUUCCCUGACAGGGAGUACUAAUUUAGGUAUCUUUGCCCUGCCCAGAUACGUGGGCAAAAGCUUUUAGCAAUUUAGACUCUUUGAGACUUACUCCAUCUUUCAAACUGGGUUGCAAUUGUCUCUGAAGGUGGCAGCUGUUGGGAGUGCAGG